AUGUACGCCUUGAGGUCUUUAUCGUUAUCUACAAAGGGGCCCAAGAUAUCCAAUAUAAGCAGCUAUAUCAGUAAGCGUCCAUUUUUACGCCAAUUCUCUAAUAAUAAAAUCUUACUAAUGGAUGACUAUGAGAAGAAAAUUUUUGACAUUCUAAAGAACAAAUUCGAGCCUGUUAAUCUUGAAGUUAAGGACGUAUCUGGAGGGUGUGGUUCUAUGUUUUCGAUUGUGGUUGAAAGUGGUAAAUUUAAGGGACUUCCUAUGAUCAAGCAACAUCGAUUAGUGAAUGAAGUCUUGAAAGACGAAAUUUCUCAAUGGCAUGGUUUACAAUUAAAGACCAAAGCAGUCAAGUAA